ACCAACAGAUAAAAACCCUCCACCCUCCUCCCUUCUCCAUCUCCUAUCCCCAUCACCCACUUACUCCACUUAACCCUUCACUUUUGUUUCGUCUAAAAGUUUUCACUUUAGCUACUCCAUCUCAUGGAGCACUUAAUGAUACUUAGGGUUUUGCUCUUGGUGUUGGGAGUUGCCAUUGGAGGGAGUGUAACGCUUGCUAGGGCCGAUACAAUGGUGACCGGCACGGUAUUUUGCGACCAGUGCAAAGAUGGGCAACGUAGCAUCUUCGAUUAUCCCCUCUCCGGCGCGACGGUGGCAGUGGAGUGCGGCAGCGGCGGGGCGGUGUUGAAGGAGGACACGACCAACUGGCUGGGAUUCUACACGGUGCGGGUGGACGGCAGCCAAGACCUGAGCGCGUGCACGGCGCGCGUCGUCGCGGCGCCCAGCAGCUGCGGCGCGGCAGCGGGGCCCCCGCGGCCUCUGGCGCUGAUGUUCCGGAUGCUGGGGAUGGCGUUGUACGCGGCCGAGGAGCCGCUGCUGUCGGAGCCGCGGGAGCCCGUCGGAUUCUGCCCCCCCGGCGCAGGCGGAGGCGGAGGCGAAGGCGGAGGCGGCCACGGGCGAUCGGGCGGUGCACCGCCAUCGUCGUUUCGGCCUCCGCCGCCAUCGCCAGCGGCUGUUCCGGUGGUGCCGUCGCCUCCGCCGCCCCUCGCGAGCCCACCGCCGGCGCCCGUGUCGCGCCCUCCGCCGGCGCGCCAAGUGGAGGCCUCCGCUUGCUCCUACGAUAAAUGGAUCACGCCAGACUACAUGUGCUACUGGAAGGUGGUGAGCCCCGGAACGAGUGUCGCGCUCGCGUUCGGGCCUGUCGCGGCCGCGAGAUACGGCAUGGACAUGACACUGUGGCAGGGGCUACAAGGGAGGGGAGAUGUCUACAGGACUUUGCUGAGAGAAGCCACAACUUCGCUUCUGAAUUCCUACAACAGUUUAGGUUUCUUCUAUCCGACACUGAGCGUGAUCGAGCUCACAAACCUCGCACUGCUCGGCUCACCACAGCAGGCUCUGAUGACGGCUUUGCGGUUUCGAAGGGCAAAUGCAGGUGUUGCUGGACGUGGGACUAACGCUACCUGCAACUUUACUCCGUGCUCUUAGAUGCAUACAUAUAUUUUAAUUUACUAGUCCUUGUCAAUCGGUGUCGUUGGCCUUGGUUAUUGGUAGCAUAUAAAAACUGCUACAAUUGGUGUUGCAUGUAUUGGCGAUGAUGGUGAUAUUCUUAUAUAUGUGUGAGAUUUUCUCAUAGUUAA